AUGGCUGGACGGCCGCUAUCCCCGUUUGCGAUGAACGACGCGCAGCAGCCUGCUAUAAAUCCCGCGUCCGUCGUCGCCUCAAGCCAUCACGGCGGAUCUCUUUCGACGAUUCAGCAGCAAGCGUUGACGUCCGCGCUUAUCCAGCACAUGCAACAACAGCAACUACAACAACAGCAGCAGCAGCUUCUGCGACAGCUUCAGCUGCAGCAGCAAACCCACCCGCCGCAGCUUGCGGGAAUUGAAGACCCCCAGCCUCUCGGUGUCUCGCUACAGCUCUUCCCUUCCGCGCCGCCAGCGUCUCCGGGGAACGAUGCGGAACUCCCCCGCGGCGGAGAUGCGCGCGCCACUGAGCCCGACCUGCGCCUCAGCGUAGGCUUGUCGCUCGGCGGCGGCGUGUCGGCGGCGGUUGAAGUCUGCGCUAACCAGCCAGCGAAACGGAAGAGAGCAGAUGAGUUUCCUCGCGCACAAACUCCCGAGAGCUCAGGGGAGAACAGCAAUCUGGACACCGCGGCCCCGCCUCCGCCCCCCGCCGCGCCGCGCCCCCUCUUCGCCUUUCCCCCUGUUGGCGCCGCUUCCGCCUCCCCGCAUUGGUUGGCGACGGUCCCUCCCGCCAAUACCGCGCACAAAACCGCGCCCCGCGCCCACCAGUCCCCCCAUCAUGCUGGUGGCGCAGCGCUACCCGCCACUCCUUCCGCGGACGACGUCCCAGGCGGAGGAUGGAUGGGCGCGGGGGGAGAUCGUCGCGUCCCGUCCGGCGCGGGUUCCCCUGUGGAGGGACGCGCUGGCGGAUUGAGCGGGACUGGAAGCGCGGGAGGAUCUGGAGGGGAGCAGGAAGAGGGAUUGGACGCGCAGGAAGCUGGGGGGAAGUCGUCCCGGCCGCGGACUGUUGCAGAGAGGAAGCGACGAAAUGGAAUUAGCGUGAAGCUAGAGCAGCUGAAGAGGGCCAUACCCCAGUGUAACACACGGGUCCCUACUGUAAAGCAACUAUCCGCAGGGCCCAGUAGCAGCAGGAGCAGCAGCGUUUCAGCUCGCGCUGCCGUGCCUAAGAAGCUCGGCUCCGAACUUUUGGGAACGCAGCUUUCUGCUACGUCAAGCGUGCAAGCAGCUUCGCAGAAUGUUCGCGCGCGGUCGGUGGAGGUCCGAGCCGUGGCGACGGAAGCACCCACGAAGAUGUCGAGAGUCGUGAAGUGGGAUCAGGAAAAGAGACUGCAGACCCAGACAACCACCAUCGCUGCGGAUACGACCACCAUUCGCUCUCUCGACUGGGACCGCGACCGUUUUGAUAUCGAGUUCGGUCUCCUCAAGGGUACCACCUACAACUCCUUCCUAAUCCGCGGCGCCAACAAGGUCGCUCUGAUCGACGCGUCGCACGAGAAGUUCCGCGAGCUCUACCUCUCCGCGCUUAAAGCCGAGAUCGACAUUAAAGACAUCGAUUACGUCAUCGCGAACCACACAGAACCGGACCACAGCGGUCUGAUCCGAGACCUAAUCGAGCUAAAUCCGAACAUAACCGUCGUCGGGUCGAAAGUGUGCAUUAUGUUCCUGCAGAAUCUAGUCUUGAAGCCGUUUAAGAGCCUCGUGGCGCAGCCGGGAAAGAUUCUGGAUCUGGGCGGCGGCCACGAGCUGGAUUUUAUCAUGGCGCCGAACCUGCACUGGCCUGAUACCAUGUUCACAUUCGAUAAAGGCACGGGCGUUAUGUUCACGUGCGACGCGUUCGGCAGCCACUACUGCUCCGAGAAGGUGUACGACGAGGAUCUGAGCGAGUUGGAGCCGCACUACCGCUUCUACUACGACUGCCUCAUGAAGCCCAACUCGCGCUCCGUCCUCACCGCGCUCCGCAAGGUCGCCAGUGCGGGGUGGGAGUUCUCGGAGAUAGCAGUGGGGCACGGCCCUCUGCUGCGCUACAACGUGCCAGAGCUCACGCUCAAGUACGAGCAGUGGAGCAAGGCCGCCAUCGAGAAGCAGAAGUCGUCCAUAGCGGUGCUGUAUGUGAGCGACUACGGGUACAGCGACCGCCUCUCACAGUGCAUCGCGCGCGGCAUCACCAAGGCGGGGGCGGGCGUGGAGAUGAUGGACCUCAAGGCCUCCGACACACAGGAGCUCGUGGAGUGCAUCGGCCGCAACGCCGCUGUCGUGCUCAUGAUGCCCCCCACCUCCGGUCCUGCUGCCGCUGCUGUCGCACCCCUGGUUGCUGGGAUCAAGACGAAGCAGUCCGUGCUCCUGUGUGAGUCGUACGGAGGGGAUGACGAGCCGAUCGACACGCUGAUGUACAAGUUCAAUGACCGCGGAGUCAAGAUGCCCCUUGAGCCCCUUCGCAUCAAGGAGCCGCCCACUGAAGCUGUCUACCAGCUGUUUGAGGAGGCGGGCACUGACUUGGGGCAGGGGCUGACACAGAAGGCGGUGAGGGAUGAGACGAGGCGCAGCAUGCCCCUGGCGGUGGCGAAGGCCAUUGCACGCGUGUCAGGAGGGCUGUACGUGGUGACUGCAAUCAAAGGGGCGUCCAAGGGUGCUAUGAUCGCCUCCUGGGUCUCCCAGGCGAGUUUCAAGCCACUGGGCAUCACCAUUGCUGUUGCCAAGGACAGAGCCAUUGAGUCGCUCAUGCAGGUGGGAGACUCCUUUGUGCUCAACUGCCUUGAGGAGGGCAACUUCGCUCCUCUCAUGAAGCACUUCCUCAAGCGCUUCCCCCCUGGCGCUGAUCGCUUCGAGGGCGUUGACUGGGACCCGGCCAGCAACGGGUCGCCUGUGCUGGCAGGAUCCCUGGCGUUCCUGGAGUGCACUGUGGUGAGCCGCAUGGAAACCAACGACCACUGGAUCACUUAUGCUGAGGUCACUGCAGGGAAGGUGUCUAAGCCUGAGGGCCGCACUGCUUCUCACCACCGCAAGCUGGGCGAUUAUUAUUAA